AUAAACGAAUGAACUAGGGUUAUCGGAAGUGUUGAAGGCCGCAGACGACAGCCGUAGAAGAAUCCUACCGGAGAUUUUCAUCUCCUACACCCCCACGCCGCAACCAUGGCUAGAGGUUUGAAGAAACAUAUGAAGAGGCUCAAUGCCCCCAAGCAUUGGAUGCUUGAUAAACUUGGUGGUGCUUUCGCUCCUAAGCCAUCCUCAGGACCCCAUAAAUCCAGGGAGUGCUUGCCCUUGAUCCUCAUACUGAGGAAUAGGUUGAAGUAUGCCUUGACAUACCGUGAAGUUAUUUCUAUUUUGAUGCAACGCCAUGUACUUGUGGACAACAAGGUCAGGACUGACAAGACUUACCCUGCUGGUUUCAUGGAUGUUGUCUCAAUUCCCAAGACCAAUGAAAACUUCCGUCUUCUAUAUGAUACAAAGGGUCGGUUCAGACUGCACUCAAUCAGGGAUGAGGAAUCAAAGUUCAAGCUGUGCAAGGUUCGUUCUGUCCAAUUUGGUCAGAAAGGCAUUCCUUACAUUAACACCUAUGAUGGAAGAACCAUUCGCUACCCAGAUCCUCUCAUUAAAGCUAAUGACACCAUCAAGCUUGACUUGGACACAAACAAGAUUGUUGAUUUCAUCAAGUUUGAUGUUGGGAAUGUGGUGAUGGUGACUGGUGGAAGAAACACAGGCCGUGUUGGAAUCCUUAAGAACAGAGAAAAGCAUAAGGGCAGUUUUGAGACGGUUCACAUCCAAGAUGCAACUGGGCAUGAGUUUGCAACUCGUUUAGGCAACGUCUUCACUCUUGGAAAGGGUUCAAAGCCAUGGGUGUCUCUUCCCAAGGGUAAGGGUAUCAAGCUGACCAUCAUUGAAGAGGCUAGAAAGAGGCAGGCUGCUCUAGCUGCCACUGCCUAAUUCUGUAUUCUGUUUGUGUGGAGGUUUGUCAUGUUAAAUCCAUACCAGUUGUUUUAGGUGAGAGUUAUAUUUUGAUCUUUCAUUUUUUGACAAUUUUGAAACUUCAAAAUCCUGCAUGUUAUGUUAAGGGUAGUUAUGUUUUGACAAACUGGAGACUAUUUGCUUCUUUGUGAGACAUGUUCUGAUCUGCUUCUUGAAUCUUCUAAAAAGACCAUUUUCAGAUCU